AUGCAGUUCACCACCAUCGCUUCUCUCUUCGCUGCCGCUGCCGUUGCCAGCGCUUCACCCCUUGAGGUCCGCCAGACCACCUGCCCAGUUUCGACACAGGGUGACUACGUCUGGAAGAUCUCCAACUUCUUCGGCCGCAAGCCUGAGGGAACCUACUACAACAGCUUCGGCUUCAACAUCAAGGCUACCAACGGAGGUACCCUCGACUUCACCUGCUCUUCUCAGGCCGACAAGCUUGAGGACAACAAGUUCUACUCUUGCGGCGAGAACAGCUUCAUCAGCUUCGCUUUCUCGAGCGACCGUGAUGGUCUGAUCAUCAAGCAGGGCGUCGACAACGACCUCACCUAUGUCGGUACCACCACUCUUCCCAGCUACUGCCGUGCCGGUGGCAACGGCCCUCAGGACUUCGUCUGCCAGGGUGUCUCCGAUGCCUAUGUCACCCUCGUCCCGCUUCCCGCCGCCGCUGCUCCUGCGUGUCCGGCACCCAGCCAGUACUAA